UGUGUACCCUGUACUGCCAGCCACUCCCUUACCCUCAGGUAUAAGAACCACCUGGCACCUGCCACCGUUCCCCACUCCUGCAGCUCUUCUCCCAGGACGUGCCACCAGCUCAGCCUCUCAAGAUGGCCUAUAUCCCUGCACCUGGCUACCAGCCCACCUACAACCCGACUCUGCCUUACAAGCAGCCCAUCCCAGGGGGGCUCAGCCCCGGCAUGUCCGUUUACAUCCAAGGAGUGGCCAAUGAGCACAUGAAGAGGUUCUUCGUGAACUUCACGGUGGGCCAGGGCCCCGAUGAGGACAUCGCCUUCCACUUCAAUCCCCGCUUCGACGGCUGGGACAAGGUGGUCUUCAACACGAAGCAGGGCGGCCGCUGGGGCAGCGAGGAGAGGAAGAGGAGCAUGCCCUUCCGCAAGGGCGCCGCCUUCGAGCUGGUGUUCAUGGUCCUGGCCGAGCACUACAAGGUGAUGGUAAACGGAAGUCCAUUCUACGAGUAUGGGCACCGGCUCCCCCUGCAGAUGGUAACCCACCUGCAUGUGGACGGGGAUUUGGAGCUUCAAUCCAUCAACUUCAUUGGAGGCCAGCAGCCCCCAAGCCAGAGACCCAUGAUUACUCCAGCAUACCCAGGUCCUGGACAGAACUUUCAAGCACAGAAGUCACGUGACUUGGUGACCAUGGAGGGACCCCCAAUCUUCAACCCGCCUGUGCCAUUUACGGGGAGACUGCAAGGGGGGCUGAUAGCCCGAAGAACCAUCAUAGUCAAGGGCUACGUGCUCCCUUCAGCCAAGAGUUUCGUCAUCAACUUCAAGGCGGGAGCCUCGGGGGACCUCGCCCUCCACAUUAACCCCCGCCUGAACGAGGGCUCCGUGGUUCGGAACAGCUAUUUGAACGGCUCGUGGGGAGCCGAGGAGCGGAAAAUAUCCAACAACCCAUUUGGUCCUGGGCAGUUCUUUGAUCUGUCCAUCCGCUGCGGCAUGGAUCGCUUCAAGGUCUACGUCAACGGCCAACACCUCUUCGACUUCUGCCAUCGCCUCAAGUCCUUCCAGAAUGUGGACACGCUGGAGAUCAAGGGUGACAUCAACUUGUCCUAUGUCCAGAUCUGA